AUGAAACAUAAAUCACAUUUAAAACAAAAAAAUAAACAAUUUAAAAAGAUAAAAAAUCAGAAGAAGAAGAAGAAGAGUAUAAAAAAUAUCCAAAAAAAAAAAAAUAAAAAUGAUAUUAACGAAAAAUAUAGUAAUAUAUUACAAAGGAAGGUUCAAUCAUAUUAUAGCAAAAGUGAUCAAUUAAAAAAUGAGAGAGAAGAAAAAGCUAAACAUAUACCUUUUUAUAAUUGCUUGAAUAUAUGUUUAUUAGUGUUCCAUGAAGAUGUUGAUAUACUUUCGUUUAAGAAGGAAUUUAUAAAAUAUUUAUGUGAAGAAAAUGACGAACAUAUUGAUAUAGAUAAUAUAAAAUUAUAUGAUAUAUACACUGUACAUUCAAAUGAUAAAAAAAAAAAGAAAAGAAAAUCAUUUGUAGUUUAUGAUAUACCAAGAGAUAUAUAUGGAAUUAUUGAUGGAACCAAAUGUGCUGAUGUUGUAUUAUGUUUAUUUAAAGAUGGAAGUAUUGAAAAUUCUUGUUUUGAUGAAUUAGGUUAUAAAUUAUUAUCUGUAUUAAAAAUACAAGGGGUUCCAUCUAUUAUUGGUAUAGGUUACAAUACAAAUAUGAGCAAUAAGGGUUCUCACAAAUUUGUUAUGAGAUAUUUUAAUUCUGAAUUUACAAUGGACGACAAAAUAUUUUUUAUUAGUGAAAAUAAAAAUUCCGAUUUUCAAAAAUUAUAUAAUGAAAUAACAAAUAUGAAAAUUAAAAAUGUUUCUUAUAGAGAAGGUAGAGGUUAUAUGAUGGCAGAUUCUUGUGCAUAUAAUUCUGAAAAUGAUUGUAUAUAUAUAAAAGGUUUUAUAAAAGGAGUGGGUUUUAAUUAUCAUAAUCCUAUACAUAUAACUGAUGUAGGGGAUUAUUAUAUCGAUAAUAUUUAUUUAAUAGAUAUCUUAAAAGAAAAAAGAUUUUUUGACGAACAAAAUUUAAGAUAUUCCUUUUUAUUAAAUCCAAAUAAUCAACAAACAAGUGAAAAUGAAUUUAUACUUAAUUUUUUAUCCAACAAUAAAAAAUUACCUAAUGAUCAUACAAAAUAUAAUUAUUAUGAUAUUAAACAUAAGCCAAUUAAAAGUAUAUUUAAUGAAGAAGAUGAUAUGAAAUGUAUACGACCGUAUGUUGUAGAAGACAAUAAUAAUAUAUAUAUGAAUAAUUUAAUGACCCUUAAAAAUAAGGAUAUACCUGAAUUUACUGCUUCAAAUUUCUUUUCUUACGAUAACUACAACAUAAAUGAAAAUAAUAAUAGUAUUACUAAGACAAUGAAUGAUAGUACAACUACAACUAAUAAUAGUAACAAUAAUAAUAAUAAUAAUGGUGAUAAUAUAAAUGAAAGUUAUACAGUUUAUAAAUACAAUAUGAAGAAUAUUAUGCAAGACUAUACAAAUGAUCCUCAUGGUAAUAAUCAACAGUAUAAUGAAGAAAACACUAACCCAAACAUUAGUAAUAUAAAUAAUAUGUGGACUUAUAUAUCUAACGAAAAACAUGAAGCAAACGAUGAUUUUAUUUGCUCAUAUGACAAAUAUGGUGGAAUGAACGACGACAACAGCAGCAACAACAAUAAUAAUAAUAAUAAUAUGUUUAAUAAUAAUAAUAAUAACAUUAUUAAUAAUUUUAACAUAAGUAAUGAAACGCAAAAUAAAAAAUUUUCAACGAACCAUCUUGAGUAUGGAAAUAAUGAUUUAUACAAAAAUUAUGAUGAGGAUGAAGAAAAUAAUGAUGAUAUAUCUGAUGAUAUAACUGAUAAUAUAACCGUAAAUGAGACGGAUAAUAAAAGCGAAGAUUAUAAUGAUGAUAGCUGUAUUGAAAAAGAUUCGAAUAAUUCUGAUAAUAUAUAUAUAUGUAAAAAUAUUAGUGCAAGAGAACGUUUUAAAAAAUAUCGAAGUUUACAAAGUUUUAGAACUUCAUAUGUAGAUGUUUAUGAAGAUUUGCCACUAGAAUAUUCACGUAUAUAUGAUUAUGAAAGUUCUGAAAACUUAAUUAAAUAUUCCAGAAAAAAAUUUGUACAAAAUUGUAAAAUAGUAAAUGGAGAAUUUACAUUAACUGAUACUUAUUGUAUAUUUGUUAUUAAAAAUGAUGGAAAAUUAUUAAAUAAACUUAACAACAAAAGAAAUGAUAUACCAGUUAUUGUAUCAAGUUUAUUACCAUUUGAAAGAAAAGUUACAGUUUUAAAUAUGGAAGUAAAUAGAACUAUAUUUUAUUCAGAUAAGGUUGAAUCAAAGGAUAUUUUUGAAAUUAUUUGUGGUUUUAGACAUUUUAUCGGAUGUCCUGUAUUUAGUGAACAAAUAAUUAAAGGACCACAAUCGAAAGGAAAAUAUGAAAAACAUUUAAAACAUGGGAAAAAAUAUGUUGCCUCUAUAUUUGGUUUUACCACAGUAACAGCAGCUCCAGUAUUUUUUAUUAAAAAAAAAAUGUACCAACAAAUGGAACAAUUACAAAACUAUGCUAAUGGUAAUAAUAAUAAUAAUAAUAAUAAUAAUAAUAAUAAUAGUAAUAAUUAUUGUAAUAAUUCAUUGAAUAGUUUAGAUUUUCAACAAACCUUAGGAUAUUCCUUAGAUACUUCUAACGAUAUAAAUAAUUCCCUUACGAGUGGUAGAACUGAAUAUAUAUAUGAUUGUAUAACAAAUGAACACAAUAAUUUUUCCAACCCCCAAGCUAAUGUUGCAUCUGUAAUAGUUGCGCAUGGUAAAGUUGUAAGUUGUGAUUGUAAAAGAAUUAUAAUGAAGAGAAUAUCCCUUUGUGGGAAAAUAUUUAAAAUUCAUAAAAAAAAAGCUGUCAUUAGAAAUAUGUUUUAUAAUCCCAAAGAUAUCAAUUAUUUUAAACCAGUUGAAUUACAUACCAAACAUGGAUUAACUGGAAAAAUAGUUGAAUCAUUAGGAACUCAUGGAAAAAUGAAAUGUAUAUUUAGUAAUGUUCUUAAACAACAUGAUAAAGUUUUCAUAUUCUUAUAUAAGAGAAUAUAUCCUAUAUGGUUCCCUUUAUCAUGGGGUGGAGAACAAGAUCUUGGACCAGAUAACCAGCCAUUAGAGUUAAAAGAGAAAAAAAAAAGACAUGCCCUCAUGUUAUAA